AUGCUGCUUUCCAUAGCCACAGCGCUGUAUCUGCGGCGCCUCGGCCGCAAAAAGGCGAUUCGGCUGCUGCUGAUCGUCUUUGUGCUCUUCAACAUCUUCGACGUCAUGCGCAUCCACCACAACCUGGCCCGCGAGCGCGAGUACAUGCCGCGCAAGACGGGCCGCGCCAAGGAGCGCAUCUACAUUGCCGGCAUGCACUUCAACAACGGCGACAUCCUCAAAAAGCACUGGAACAAUGCGGUGCUGGAGCUGACGGAGCUCUUUGGGCCGGAAAACGUCUUUGUGAGCGUCUACGAGAGCGGCAGCUGGGACGACAGCAAGGAGGUCCUGCGCGACCUGGACCACCAGCUCGAGAGCCGCGGGGUGCCGCACCGCGUCGAGGUGUCGGACGUGACGCACGCCGACGAGAUACAGAGGGGGGAUGACGGCAGCGAGGGCUGGAUCGAGACGGCGAGGAAGAAGAAGGAGCUGCGAAGGAUUCCGUACCUGGCGAGGCUGCGAAACAAGACGUUGCAGGACCUUUUUGAUUUGUAUAAAAAGGGAGUCACUUUUGACAAGAUUUUGUUCUUGAAUGAUGUCGUGUUUACGACGGAUGACAUUGUCACAUUAAUGGAUACCAAUGAUGGCGCAUAUGGCGCCGCGUGCUCGCUCGACUUUUCGAAGCCGCCUUUAUACUAUGACACUUUUGCGCUGCGAGACGCUGAAGGGAGCGCGCAUAUUAUGCAGACGUGGCCCUACUUCAAGGCCCGUGGCUCGCGGUCGCCGCUGGUCAACAACCAGGACGCUGUCCCUGUAACAAGCUGCUGGAACGGCAUCGUCGUCAUGCCCGCCGACCCGUUCGUGUCCCCCACCAAGCUGCGCUUCCGCGGCAUCCCCGACUCGCUGGCGCUGCAGCACCUCGAGGGCUCCGAGUGCUGCCUCAUUCACGCCGACAACCCGCUGUCCAAGACGCUCGGCGUGUACCUGAACCCGCGCGUGCGCGUCGGCUACAACCUGCCCGCGUACGAGGCCACCCACCCGCCUUCGUCGUCGUGGGUCGCGGCCGCUGACAUCUUCCUCGGCCUCUGGACCAACCGUGUUAAGCGCUGGGCGCGCAUCUCGUUUGAGGGCUGGGUGGUGCGCUCGCGCGUCGAGGCGUGGCAGAAGGAGGACAUGGCGAGGCACGAGCCGGGUGUGUUUUGCCUGAUUAACGAGAUGCAGGUCCUGGCGGAGAAUGGAUGGGCUCAUGUAUGA